AUGGGCCGUCUCAGCAAUAAUAUUGUGAGGUACCUAAGCUCGGUCGCGUUAUUCCUGUCCAUAUGUGUCCUCUCAAACGGAAUAUGGCUGAGUCGACAAGCCACCACCCAAUGCGAGAUUUUCCUCAACCUACCCUUAGUAACCGUCGCACUUUUCUUCAUAAUAUUAUCUCUGAUGGGUAUGGCCGGAGCCUUCCUUGGUAUUGAUUUGUUACUCUGGAUCAACGUUAUUUCCAUGUUUUUUCUCAUAGUCUUUCUAUUAAGUUUCAACCUAUUCGCGUUUGUCGUGACUAACAAGCCCUACGGAGUGUAUGGUUCCGGAAGGACCGGUACUAUGAUUGGAAAUCAUUGUAAUUGGCUUAAGAAGAGGACAAACAAGAAUUGGAACAAGAUUAGUACAUGUCUUCAAGAAAACAAGAUUUGUGCUAUUAAAAAUAAUGGAAGAAGUAACGCCCUUGGAGACUAUUCUCAGAACUUAACCUCUAUAAUGUCCGGUUGCUGCAAGGUGCCAAAUGAUUGUUCAAAUUCAUCGUCAAGAAAUCCCGAUUGCAGUAAGUGGAGUACUGACCAGAAAGUGUUGUGUUAUGGAUGCGAGUCUUGUAAAGCUGGAUGGAUGAAUAAUAUCAAGUCGAAUUGGAGGAGGGUGACGGGCAUCAAUUUUAUACUGAUCUCCUUUCUCGUUUUGGUAGUCGCCCCUACUACUCCGGUAUAA